GACCUUGCCACAUCAGCUGUCGCUUAUACCGGAUCAAUUUGCAAAGCUGAGAACGAGUCUCAAAAUGCAAUGAAUGAAUCUCAUGUUGAAUUAUCAGAACAUGAGGCGUGCUCUCCAACUGACACGUCAAAAGAUCGGCUGGGACAAGAUUUUAGGAUUAUCUAG